AUGGACAGCGAUCUCCUGCCCCGCUUGGACGCUGCAAGUUUCCGGAGUCUCUGGCAGCGCUUCGACGCUGACGACAAUGGUUACAUAGAAGGAAAAGAGCUUGAUAACUUUUUCUGUCACCUGCUUGAGAUCCUGGGCAGUAAAAGCACCAUUACAGAAGAAAAGGUUCAAAGGAUGAAAGAACAAUUGAUGUCAACCUACAAUGUAACUAAUGAUGGACGCUUACAAAUACAAGAGUUUGCAAAUAUGACUUUGACUGAGGAAGACAACUUUCUGCUACUUUUCCAAAGAGAAACUCCUUUGAAUAACAGCGUGGAGUUCAUGCGGAUUUGGCGUCAUUAUGAUGCUGACAGCAGUGGCUUUAUUUCAGCCAGUGAACUCCAAGACUUUCUGCAAGAUCUGUUUCGGCAGCACGAAAAAAACGUUUCCAAGGCAAAACUGCAAGAAUAUACUGAUACCAUGAUGAAGCUCUUUGACAAAAAUAAAGAUGGUCGGCUGGAUCUGAAUGACCUUGCAAGGAUUUUAGCUCUUCAGGAAAAUUUUCUCCUUCAAUUUAAACUGGAUGCUUCCAGUGCAGAAGAAAGAAAAAGAGACUUUGAGAAAAUCUUUGCACACUACGAUGUUAGUAAGACAGGAGCUCUUGAAGGUCCAGAAGUUGAUGGGUUUGUCAAAGAUAUGAUGGAGCUUGUCAAGCCCAGCAUUAGUGGUACAGAUCUGGAUAAAUUCCGAGAGAUCCUGCUUCAUCACUGUGAUGUGAACAAGGAUGGAAAAAUUCAAAAAUCUGAACUUGCCUUAUGUCUGGGAAUUAAAAAUACCCCAUAG